AUGGUAAGUCACUCUUCAAGCAUGAACUUGAGGGAUGAUGCCAAUGAGUUAUCUGCAACAAUGCAGCUUCUGUCCAGCUACAACGACCACACGUCCGAAAGAGAUAAGAGCUUGGAACAUAUUGAAAAGAGAAGUGAGCUGCCGGGCCAGCCGAGUUACGACGAGCUCUUCAAAGAUAAUCUUAAGUUGAGGCUACAACUCCAGGAAUAUGAGACAGAAAUUGCAAGUCUGAAAAAAUUCGUCGAGGCCUUACAGUCGAAGCGAGAAGCACCAACCGACUCCUUUCAACAACAACUUGUCGUUGCAGAGAAACCACAAGAACCAGCGCUUCCGCCUAGGUCAGCAGAAAGAAGGCGCAACGCGAAAAACUUGUCACUUCCAGCAGUUAGUGAUCUGGAGACCUCUGAACCCAAAUAUCGCAAUUUGCUGACCCCAGCGGAUGCUGGCUUCAAAAAGAAAACUUCUAGCAGCAAUAGUAUUUCCGCAAUUCAGCAAUCUAUUGAUCAGGACCAGUUAUCACCCAAGGAACUCGAUCGAAUUCGAAGAUCAAGCUCAUCUUACUCGAAUGCUAUUGCCGCAAGCCCUGCUACCUCAGUCGCUUACACAACAUCAAGAAUAUCGCCCUCCAAAAGUAACAAGCACUUUGCUAGAGAUGACGAAUGUGCAGCAUCAAAUGCAGAAAAGAGCGAGUCUCUCGUUCAAGGUAUCAAAGGAAGCGUUGCAGCUAUUAGUUCUAUCAACGAUGGUUUUAUGUCUCCGUUGAGGCAAGUCUCAGGCAGCAGUAGCCACCAAAAUCUUACCGAAACGUCUUCAAGAAAAUCAUAUCCCAAAAGCCCUGUUCCUAAUUUGUUGGCACGGGAGGAGACAAGCACCGAUUUCUCCCCGUCCUCGAAGCAAAACCUAAACAAGUUCGCUGAUAUGCUUGAUACAAGUUUCGAGAGCGAGGAACCUGGAUCUCCCAAAAUUAGACCCUCAAGUCAACCAUCAGAAGUACUAGGCUCACCCAAAGAUAGAUCGUCAAGUCAACCACCACAAGUACUAGGUUCACCAGUCGCACUGAAGAAGCCUGGAAAGUCGCCAAUUAUGAAUAUAGUUCCUCAGAAAAUAAUGAGAACUGUAAACUCUCCCACGGAAGAGCGUCCUUUCAUGGGCACGAGCUCUUCCACUCUAUCACAAAAUGCAUCACUGCAGGACCAACAGUCGCCACGAUCUUUCACAAGUAGAGGAUUUCCACCGAUGUCAAAUAUAAGCACAUCAUCCACACCACAAACAGGGCAUGAAAAGACAGCAGACUCUCAGAGUGUUAUCUCAGACAUCCCGCUAUUUUUACAACCUGGAGAAUUGAAUACUAUCAGAAUUGAAAUCAUUAGUACACUUCACAGGGAUCAAGAUAGUUUUGCCAAUGAAAACUUCAUUUUAUUUAGUGUCAUCGACAGGAACUCGGCCAAAGAGAUCUUCAGGUUUGCCAAAAGCAUCGAUCGUAUCUAUGAACUGGAUGUCUAUUUAAAAUGCCACAUGGACACGAUCAUGCUGCCACCUCUCCCGGAGAAGCACUUAUUUGACUCGAUUUAUCCAGCUAAAGUGGAUUAUAGAAGAGAGAAGCUUAAUGACUACUUCAAUUGUCUGUACAGCUCUCAAAAUCUUCUCCCUUUGGUUGCGUUGAAAAUGGCCAAAUUUAUAAGCACAGACACAGUAAUGAACCCAAUAACCGGGGAAUUUGCGAAGGAAGGUGUUCUUCUAAUGCGUAAAAGCAAGGCGCUAGGGACCCCCAACAGCUGGCGUCUCGCCUAUGCUAUUCUAAACGGCGGCCUACUCUCGCUACUUGACAGAGGGCAGCUAACUGAGAGUAUAAAAUUACAACACGCAAUAAUUGAGCUUCAAGCUAAUUUACCGGACGAUAAACAUGGCACGAAAAAUGGUUUUAUUGUCAUAGUACCGAAAAAAAGUGGGCUCUCGAGUGGUACGAAAUAUUACUUUUGUUGUGAAAGUCCGAAGGAAAGAGAGUCAUGGGUUUCUCACUUGACAGAAAUCGUUGAGGGAUCGAUUAUCUCGAAUCCUUCAUAUCAUAGCAAAUCUGAGAGCUCAAGUAUGUUAGAGCAUUCAUCCACAGGAAAUGAUACGACUGUGGAAACGGCGCCAAGUUACAUCGGCCCGAUGGUAAACCUUCAGGCUCCUGCAGCGGUGGUACCCACUCAAAAUACAGACUCUACUAUUAUAGAUGAUGAAAGAGAUAUUAAGAGGAGUCGAAUGAGAAGCUUUUUUCCUUUUAAAAGAGUCAAUGCCUCUCAGAUGCCGGCAGAUGUCGAUCUUCCUAACAAUGCCGAGAACUACCAAACAACCUCGAGCAGUGCGACAAACGAUUUUUCUAUUGCUAAGUCAUUGCAGUCGAUGGAUUUAGCGGCAGAGGCAGUAUCUGACAAAGUCUUCGGCUCAGACUUAAAGCAAUGCUUGUCAUUGAGCACUCAACUAUAUCAGGGAAAGUUUGCCAUACCUAGUGUGGUGUAUCGGUGCAUGGAAUACCUGUAUUGCAAUCGUGGAAUAGAAGAAGAAGGCAUAUUUCGCAUAAGCGGCUCGAGUGUUUUGAUUAAAUCAUUACAAGAGCAAUUUGAUAAGGAAUACGACGUCGACCUUUGUAAUUACAACAAGACAGUUGUUUCUAACGAUAAUCAAAGCAAUUUCAGCACGGGCCUUGUGGACGUUAACACUGUUACUGGCUUACUGAAACUGUACUUAAGAAAGAUGCCCCAUUCGAUAUUUGGGGACCGCAUGUUUGCAGCUUUCAAAGAUGUACUAGACUCCAAUUCUGGGAGUGCUAGUCAAACAGCAUUGGAAUUCCGUCGGCUCGUUAAUUCAGAUCAACUACCAAGCGAGAAUCUAUCAUUGAUGUACGUUUUGUUUGAGCUUUUGCUUAAGAUAAACCAAAAGAACUCAAUCAACAAGAUGAAUUUGCGAAAUUUGUGCAUUGUUUUUUCGCCAACCCUUAACGUACCGGUAAAUGUGAUUCAGCCAUUUAUAGUUGAUUUCAAUUGCAUCUUCAGAAAUGAGGAUCCAUUGAGCGACUCCUUGAGGGAACAGUUGGAAAUUAGUAUACCUCAAAUGUAA